UGCUUCAACCUCACCCGAGUUCCGGAACGUAAAUAUGACGCCUUAUUACCCAUCAGCCCUUGCGUGUGGUUGUUAGCAGUUUGUGCAGCUUCAGGAGAAUUCAAACGUGAAUCCAUCUCUUCUGGUGCGGACACACAGGCGUCACCAUGGGUGAGAGAAAAGGAACAAACAAAUACUACCCUCCAGAUUUCAACCCGGCCAAGCAUGGAUCCCUCAACGGCUACCAUAACACCCAUGCUCUCAGGGAGAGGGCCAGGAAGCUGUCCCAGGGCAUUCUCAUCAUCAGGUUUGAGAUGCCCUACAACAUCUGGUGUGAUGGCUGCAAAAAUCACAUUGGCAUGGGGGUCCGUUACAAUGCAGAGAAGAAGAAAGUGGGGAACUACUACACCACGCCAAUCUACAGGUUCAGGAUGAAGUGCCACCUGUGUGUAAACUACAUUGAGAUGCAGACCGACCCGGCGACCUGCGACUACCUGAUAGUGGCCGGAGCAAACCGGAAGGAGGAGCGCUGGGACAUGGCAGAAAAUGAGCAGAUCCUCACCACAGAGCGAGCAGAGAAGGAGAAGCUGGAGACAGAUGCUAUGUUCAAGCUGGAUCACGGUGGAAAAGACAAAGAGAAGCUGAAAAAGGCUCUGCCCUCCCUGUCUGAGAUCCAGGACCACCAGUCUGGCUGGAAGGACGACUUCCAGCUCAACAGCACCCUCCGCACCAAGUUCAGAACCCAGAAGAAAGUAAUAGCCGAGCAGGAGGAGAAGGACAAUGCUGUGAGGAUGAGGACAAAUCUGUCCAUCCCACUGCUGCCAGAGAAGGAGGAGGACAAGAAGCUGGCAGCUCUACUCACCUACCAGGCCCCCGACUCCUAUGAGGACAAGAAGCACAUCAAGCGGAAAGAGAUCUGCUCCCGUUCAUGGUUCAACUCCACCACCACCACACCAGGGACGGCUUCAGGCAGUCUGAUCCAGAAGCUGGUCCUGCAGGGGAGAGAGGCAAAGGUGGCCAAAGCCCUCAGCUCCCCCCCCGGCCAGCUGAUCCGAAAACACUCGGGAGGAUUUAGCAUCAAAACAGAACCCCGUUCCACCGUCAGCCGCAGGAGGUCAGACCCUAAUGUCAACUUGUGUGUCGGUGAGGUCGCUCAGACAAAGUGUGAGCACCCAGAUGCAGAUGUUAGACCCACACAGGAAGUGGACGGAGGACUGAUGAAAGCAGAGGACUCUGAGAACGAGAAGGACAGAAGCCGAGGACCAAACACAUCCCUGGUGGCCGACUACAGCGACUCAGAUUCAGACCCUGGACAAUGAGGCUGCUCCUCGUGGAAGUGUGCAACAGGACAAUGGAGGCCACAUCGUUUUAUUUUUUGAUUAAUUUAUAUUUUCACUUUCACUCGUCAGUCUGGUUUUACAGUACGGACACAUAUUCUUAACGAAACAUCUGGAAUCAAAAUGUCUUUUUAAGCAUAAAACGGUUUUCAAAAUGUUCAAGUGUCAUGUGACAUUUAAGUUUCUUCGAAAUGUUUAAGGUGUUUUUUUGCAGAGAUUCUCAAUUAAAACAAGAUAAGAAAUAUUCCAGGUUUACCCUCAUGUAUGUCCCUUGGAAUAAUUUGACUGUUAGUUUACACUUGCACUGUAUUGUACGACAGAAUGACACCAGAGAAAUGUCCUAGAAAGAUAUUAUAGAUGUACUAGUUUCUUAUAUUUUCACUAUGUCAGAACAGAAUACUCAUAUCACUAUAAUCCUAAUAGAUGAAUCUGGAAAGCUUUUACGGACCCCAGUUUUAUCUGACCCAUGUUUCCCAAAAUCAGCUUAAAAUAUCUAUUUAAUCAAAUCUGUGAAACCUCGUUAUUGUCUUUCAGAAAUCAUUCUAUUUUUUGUCAAUCUCUGAUAUUUGUUGGGGAUUCUCUAUCUUCAGCACCACUAACACAUGACCAUUCAUCUCAUUGGUAUUCCAGUAAACAGAGGUCAUUUUUAGAGAAAAUACAUUUUUCAUAGAGUUUUAAAAGAGGAGUUGAGGAGUCUGUCUGAUUACAGAUCCAUAUCCACAAAGAUCCUGCACGUUGAUGUGAGAGAUGUGGAGCUUUUCUUGAUUCAUUUUUUAGUCAAACUCCCAGAGAAGCUUACAAACUAUCUAAUAACCUUUCAUAAACCAUAAUA